AUUCGUCGUCGGCAAUCCUCAACCUCGACACAAAGGGAACUCGGAGAUUUGAUGCGUCUCUCGUCGCAGCGAAAGAGCAUUUCUCGUGCUGGAGUCUAUAAAUAUGUCGGCCGUAUGGCCCCAAAUUGAGUGUUUGUCAACCUCAUAACACGGGACCUCAUCCACUCGACCAACCUACUUUGUCAACGUCAAUUGACCCCAAGAUGGAACAACCACUCCGUCACGGACUAAACGCCGAGCAGAGCCCCGCGAGGCGGUUGCUCUUCCUGAUCUGCCCUGGCGGGUAUAGUUUUGUCCAGCAAUACCCAACCGUGCUCGCCCGGCUGGCCAGCUGGGCGCGACUGGUCUGCGUGACCAGCGAGGCCGACUUCGUGCGCAAAUGGAACGUCUGGAUCAGCGACCCCACCUACCGCGUGGCGGGCUUUGUCCUGGUGGACGGGGCGAUUUUCGAGUCCCGUAGUCGGCACCUGAUGCGAAGGCUCGUCGAGCUCCCGCGGCGCAUCGUCCCCUAUCAGCGCCCGCUCACGUUCUCGACGCCCGUCAACUCUCGCUGGUACGACCAGGCACCCAACCCUGAGUUCCGCUACGCGGUGGCCCUGAAUGCCGCCCUCUGGGCCGGCAGCCAUCCCACCGAGUUCAACCACUGGCUGUACGAGACCUGGCAGAUCAAAUGGCAGGUCAUGCCGGGCGUCAGCGCGGCGGCGCCGGAGUUCUAUCUGGGCAGAGUCGCGCGCGAGACCGCGGACCUGAUAAUCGAGGCGUGGUUCCAGGGCGCCUUCCUGUCGCGGGCCGUGUUCGUUACUGGGCCCCCCGUGGACCCCUACCGCGUCUGUGACCACGACUCGGUCCUGCACACGUGCGAGGAUGUCCUCCUGCGGACUCCCGAGGAAGCUGACGCGGAGUAUCAAGCGCGCAUGGCGGCGCCGCGGACAACGGUCGCCCCGCUCGAGCGGGACAGCGGGGUCUUGCACCCGGAUGUGGAGCCCAUCUACACCCAGAGGACCGAUGAAAACCCGGUGAUCUUUCCCAUGCGUCCGCUGCAACAACCCCAGCGUCGUCGUUGGCGAGGAGCCCGCAUUCUGCGGGAGCACCAUGCGGCGACGCUGAACGUCAACGUUGCCGAAGGGGGGGCCCCGAAUAGGAUCUUUGCAUUCAUCGGGCUCAUCGACGACAUUCCCGAGGUCGGAGGCCUGAUCCUCGAUGUCUGCAACAUCCAUGAUGGGGAGAUCCAAUGGACCGCGCCCGAGCUAUCGAUGCCUGAAGGCGAAGACGAGCCAUACGAUGCGGCGGAUGAGAGACCGCGGAGGGUAAGCCGUCCUCGUCUUGAACCCGAAGAAUACGAUGCGGAGGAUGAGAGACCGCGGAGACGAAGAUCUCGGCUUUACCUGCAGCUGGAAUAA